AUCUCUAUAUCAAAAUCAUAGUUUACCAGAUUUAUGAGAGUGAUAAAAAGGGGAGUUAACUCGUUUAGAAGGUAAGAGUUAUUAAUUAUGGUGUACAAUUUUUUGCAACACAGCUGUUGAAGAAUUGGGCUCUGUAAGUCUAACAUUCUACUUAGAAAAAGAUAUAUAGAUUAAUAUAAGUCGAUAUUAGACCUGCAUGUCCUUAUUCAACGCCCCCUGUGCAGAUCCCGCCAAUUAAACUUAUAUUCCUUGUGACAAAAAGCUGGAUUGCACUGUUCAAAUUUCUUUGAUCGAGGUAUAAACUUAGUAGGCUAAGUGUUUUGUCAAAAGUCUUUUUUCAUCUUUGUCGAAGAAAUACCUCGAUAUAUUACCCAUACUUAUACUGUCAUCACCAUUAGUUAUUCUGCAACUUGAUUGGCUCUCUACUAACAGGAUAUUAUAUCUUAUUGGAUUCUCCUGAGCCCAAUAUGGCAAAAUAUUAAAUCGAGCCUGAUAUUGAAGUUGAGAUUUAAUAUAUUUUGCAUAUUGGGCGAAUAUGAAUCCAAUAGGUAUUUUAUUAUAUCGAACAAAACAAGUCUAUAACAAAACAAUUAUCUAUGUAAGCGAGAAUAAUACAGCGACAAUAUUAUCACAUAUCCGGCGGCGAAUUUGCCUUCAUAAGUAAACAAAACGUUAGUAAAUUUGUUUUUAAAAACAAGUGUGGAUAUGAAAUACACAUGCAUAUAUGUUUAAAUUAAAGGUGGUCUGACCUAAUUUUAACGAAAUAUUACAACCUUGCGACUGUUGUAAUUUGUAAACAAAUGGAUUUCGCGAAGACAAGUAGUAUUUCCGCGCUUUUAUAAUUUUAAUUAAUUAAACAAAAUUGGGAGAAAAAACUGUCAUAAUAUUCCAAAUAGUUUUCAUUACUUUGCCAUGUCGCAGAAUAACUGUUAAAUAUAUCACUACAAAACUAUAUCAAUCUAACUAUCUACCUAACUAAUUAACUAACUAACCAGAUUUACUUUAACAGGUAACCUAGGAGGUUUAUGAGCAAACAAGUACAGUAUCGUUAUUAUCAUCAACGAAGAAAAAAAUGAAGACCUUUAGUUUUGAACAGAAGCUGCGCAUGACCUUCUUCGCAUUCUCGCUGAGGAUGGUGCUCAUGGGCGUCGAAUUCGCCGUCAUAUUCCCGUCGGUCUGGCUUUAUUUGAAAAUAUUCAACGCAGAUUACUGGUAUCUAGGCUUGGUACUUUCCGCUUACAACAUGAUCGGGAUAAUCUCAACUUUACUGGUCGGCCAUCUUGCGGAUAGUACGGGUCAGAUUCGGUUCAUGGGAUUUCUCUGGAACAUAGCCGAGAUAGCGGGGAAUUUGAUAUACGCCUUGCAUUUCCACGUAGCAUUUCCACUCAUUGGUCGAAUGAUCUCGGGGUUCGGGGAAGGUUAUAUCUCGGCGAUGUGGGGCGAAAUUGCCCGAAUCACCACCGAAGAGCAACGGACUCGCUACUUCGCCAUUUUGAAAGGUGCUAACCUUCUUGGAACAGCCAUCGGCCCGGCGCUUAAUUUAUUCUUGAAGGAGUUUGAUUUCUAUAUCGGGCACUGGCAUAUCGAUUUUCGGACUUCUUCUGGAUUCUUUAUGGGUAUUGUAUGGAUUGCUGUGACAAUAGUUAUGUUGGGAAUGGUUUUUGAUCUCUCAGCUGAGUUGCAGAAGGCAGGGAAGCUUAAACAGUUUCAAAAAACAGGGCGUUUGGACAUCGACGAGAAAGGGGGAUCUAUAGAAGACAGUGGAGUCAAAAAUCCUGGAGGGGAAGACGAAGAGGUGAAGAAUGAGGACGGAGGUAUUAAAGGUUCAGAAGAUGGAGGGGUCAAAGAACCAGAGAGAAGUGAAGAGGGACAAGCGGUGGGUGAAGAGACCAAAGAUUGGGAAGAUACAACGGACGAUGGCACCUCUGAAAAGCAGGGAGGUAAUGUUGAAGCUAAACAGAGCCAGGGCGGAGAUGAACGCACUGAAACCGAAGAGCAAAAAGGUGAAACAGAAAUGACAAAAGAUUUAACCGAACAUAAGGACACUAAAAGCGAAACUGAAGUUGUAGUAAAAAGCGUCGAAGAAGAUGAACCCGAAGAACCGCGAGGAACUUUCAAGACGGCCAUGUUGGAUAUGUUUACAAAAUUCGAAGUCAACGUUUUGGUUUACUUGUUCUUUUUCAUGUAUGUCACUCACACUUGUCUACAAGGUAUCACCCCAUUGUUCGCCGAACUUAUGUUGAAAUGGGACGAAACGAAAAUAAGCAUAGUCUACACUGCCUGGGGCAUUGAAAUAAUGUUCGUUCUGAUUAUAAUAUGGAUAGUUGCACCGUAUGUGGCUGAUAGAGUUAUCUUAAUCUGGGCUGUUUUUGGUGGGACAUUAGCUUCAGUAAGUCUUGUUGUGUUGACUUAUUCCGAGCCUGAAAGUAUGCUAUGUUAUUAUAGUUUCCUUACCACCAUAUUCCUAGGAGGAAUUGGUAUAGCAAUAACGGUAGUUGUGGGGAGGUCGUUGAUUUCGAAGCAUACCAGUCCCGAGAAUCAGUGUUUGGUGCACGCUAUUUUGACAUCACUGAAUCGUAUGGCGGGACUAACAGGCCCUAUAUUUGGCAGUAGUCUGUACACUAAUAAGAUAGUUAUGGGCUAUCUCAUCGGAGGAAUGCAGUUCAUUGGUUUAGUAUUACUUCUCAUUGUUUAUAAGAAAUUGUAA